UACAAUGUGUUGGUGAGGCAAUGGAAAGGUGCCGAUCAUCCGGUGAAUCGUUUCAACUGGCGUUUGAAAGAGAAACGCGGUGAAUUAGAUGAGGAUUUGUUGAGGAAGAAAGAUGUUGUUGGGGAUUUGGGUUCCUUAGGUCGUGAUUUACGCUUAGAAAUCCGUAGUCCUGGAAAAGAAACGGCACAAGUCAUAGAUACAGGACUGUGGAUUCCAAUUUUGAGAAAUAACAAUGUGGAGAUCGGCUUCAAUUCUCCUUGCUUGAUGCAUAAUAUUGAUCAGUUGGGCUAUCGAACGACGCUUGUGGUGGAGGUGGUUACGGGAAAUGAGCCAUUUCUUGAAGUUUUCGACUGA